GUCUCGAUAAUCACUCAAGUCCUCGUUGUCAGCUUGUUCUUCUCUAUUCGUCUUAUAAAUUUGUGCUUUUCCCUGAGCACCUAUGCAGUGAAAUCAAACCCUCUUUGUUGACAAAACUUCACCCAAUUAAACCUCUUAGCCAAAAAGAAAAAGUUCGUAUGGGGAUUUCUCACUGGAGUUCAGCUCCACCCUCCUCUUCUUUCUGCAUGCAUGCUUUUAUCCUUCUCUGGUGGUGUGGCUUGUUAGUCACCUCUGUGGUGGGCGGGAAUAAUGAGACAGACCGUUUAGCUUUGCUCGAGUUCAAAGCCAAGAUCACUCAAGAUCCUCUUGGAAUUUCAAGCUCUUGGAAUAAUAGCAUCCACUUUUGCCAAUGGCAAGGCGUUACUUGUGGUCAUAAACAUCAGAGGGUCAUAGCAUUGGACUUGCAAUCUCUGAAACUGGUAGGUUCCAUAUCACCCCAUGUUGGAAAUUUAAGUUUUUUGAGGAAUCUAACCCUCCAAAACAAUAGUUUUCAUAAUGAAAUUCCUCCAGAAAUUGGCCGUUUGCAUAAAUUACAGUUCUUAAAAUUGCAAAAUAACUCACUUAGUGGCAAAAUUCCAAGCAAUUUAUCCAGUUUCACCAACCUUAAAGACCUUCAUUUCAGUUACAACCUUCUCAGUGGAAAAAUCCCUGCAACACUUGGUACCUUGUCAAAGCUCCAAUCCUUUUUUAUUCACAAUAACAAUCUUAUAGGAAGUAUCCCACCAUCUUUCGGGAACUUGUCCUCUCUUGUGGCGUUUUCCAUAAUUUAUAACAACUUGAGUGGGAUUAUCCCUACUUCUUUUGGCCAACUGACUGAGCUUAGAUAUUUUUUAGUGGGUUCAAAUAGAUUGUCUGGUACAAUUCCUCCCUCGAUCUUCAAUAUGUCUUCAUUACUACGCUUUGAUAUAGGAGACAACCAAAUCCAAGGGAGUCUUCCAUCAAACAUAGGUAGCACUUUAUCAAAUAUCGAAUUCUUUUCAAUUGGAAAAAACCAAUUCACUGGAUCUAUCCCUGUUUCAGUAUCUAAUGUUACAAAUUCAUAUUAUUUUCAUUUGGGUAAAAAUGAACUAAGUGGAAAAGUUCCCUCUUUUGAGAAGCUAAAUAGAAUUGAAUAUUUUAGUAUUGCCUUCAAUAAUCUUGGAAAUGAAGGGGCAAAUGACUUGAGUUUUCUCUGUUCUUUGACAAAUGCCACUGAUUUGAUUUUUUUGGCUAUAAAUGUCAACAAUUUUGUGGGAAAGUUGCCCGAGUGCAUUGGCAAUUUCUCAACAACUCUUACUCUGUUGCUUAUGGAUAAUAAUAAAAUAUUUGGAAAUAUUCCUAUUGGCAUAGGAAAUCUGAUCAAAUUGGAGAUACUCCAUAUGUGGAACAACAAAUUAUCAGGUACUAUUCCCUCUGAAAUAGGGAAGCUUUCCAAGUUACAAAAUUUGGAUUUAUCUCAAAACAAUAUCUCAGGGAAUAUUCCAUACUCCCUUGGAAAUUUAACAAUUUUGACAAGAUUGAAUUUAAACAAGAACAAUCUUCAAGGAAGUAUCCCUUUAAGUCUAGCCAAGUGUCAGAAUAUGAAUUAUUUCCUUCUUAGUGAAAAUAAUCUCAGUGGCACUAUAUCACCUGAAAUCAUUGUUGGUCUCUCAUUCUCAACAAUUCGUCUAGUCUUGUCAACCAACAAAUUUACUGGUGUACUUCCUACGGAAGUAGGAAAUUUCAAAAAUCUUGAAAUCUUGGAUAUUUCUGAAAACAUGUUAUUUGGUAAAAUUCCUACCAGUCUUGGUAGUUGUGUAAAACUAGAAAUUCUAUACAUGGGAAGAAACUUCUUCCAAGGGGUCAUUCCUUCAUCUUUGGAAUCAUUAAAAGGCCUUGAAAUUUUAGACCUUUCUAGCAACAAUUUAUCUGGCAACAUUCCAGCAUUUUUGGAGCGCUUUCACUUCUUGCAGUUAUUGAAUUUGUCUUAUAAUCAAUUUGAGGGUGAGGUACCAACAGAGGGAGUUUUCAGGAAUACAAGUGCAACUUCAAUUAAGGGAAAUACUGAGCUAUGUGGAGGAGUGCCAAAGCUCAAGCUUUUUAUAUGCAAAUACAAUAAAUCCAAGAAAAGGAAGUUGACUCAUUCCUUGAAACUAAUAAUCUCUAUACUUUCUGGAAUUUUUGGAGUAACUUUGGUGAUUUCAUUUCUACUUCUCUUCUCUUUCAAAAGAAAGAGAAGAGAAAGUACUUUAAAUAAUUCACAAAAUUUACUUUUGAAUGUAUCUUACCAAAGUCUACUAAAAGCUACAGAUGCAUUCUCCCCCACUAAUUUGAUUGGUGUGGGAAGUUUUGGAUCUGUGUAUAGAGGAAUUCUUGAUCAAGAUAGACGUAUAGUUGCUGUCAAGGUGCUCAAUCUUUUGCACCAUGGAGCUUCUAAGAGUUUCAUUGCUGAAUGUGAGGCUUUGCGAAAUAUUAGACAUCGAAAUCUUGUAAAGGUACUCACAGCAUGUUCAAGUGUUGACUAUCAAGGUCACGAUUUCAAAGCAUUGGUAUAUGAGUUCAUGAGUAAUGGCAACCUAGAUGAGUGGUUGCAUCCAAUUGCAAGAACAAAUGAGUCUCCUAUGGAACAAAGGAAUUUGAAUCUUCUUCAAAGAAUUAAUAUUGUCAUUGAUGUUGCAAAUGCAUUGGAAUAUCUUCAUCAUCGUUGCCAUACACCAAUUGUUCAUUGUGACCUCAAGCCUAGCAAUGUUCUUCUCGAUGAUGAAAUGAUCGGACAUGUGGGGGACUUUGGCUUGGCAAGGUUCCUUCUUAAGGCCACCCAAGAGUGUUUCACUAAUCAAUCAAGCUCUAUCGGAUUAAGAGGGACAAUUGGUUAUGCUCCUCCAGAAUAUGGUAUGGGAAAUGAGGUGUCAACCAAUGGUGAUAUCUAUAGUUAUGGUAUACUCUUGUUGGAGACAUUCACAGGAAAAAGACCUACAGAUAACAUGUUCAAAGAUAACAUGAACCUUCAUGAUUUUGUAAAAGGAGUAUUACCAGAACGAGUGGCUGACAUUGUGGAUCCUACUCUUUGUUUGGAAAAAGAAGAUAUGGAAACAAGGACAAAUGAUACUCACAAUCAAGAUCAAAUUGGAAGUCCCAAAAUUCUAGAGUGCUUGAUUUUGAUAUUUGAUAUUGGAGUUUCUUGUUCUAUGGAACUCCCAAGGGACAGGAUGAACAUUAGUGAUGUUGUAGCUCAGCUAAAUUUGAUCAGAGAAAAGCUCCUCAGACCUAGAAUACGGCAAGAAAGACUUCGGCUUAUAGGUAAAGAGGGCCAGUGACCCUAUUGGAAGGCAGCAUGACUUGAUGAGGUUUUGAUUUUGUAUAAUGUUGGAACAAAAUAAUCAGAUUUGUAGCACCUCCUUUUGUUUCUUUUAACACUCACUUAUUAGUUUAUCUUGUAUUUGUCAUAGUUUUUUUUUUGUUUUUUGUUUUUAUUUUAAAUAUCCAUGGAAUAAUUUGUGGGUGUAAUAUUGCUUUCAAAAAAUAAUAGACACUCUGUGGAUGUAGGUUUUUAUGGCCGAACCACAUUAAAAUUGUUGUCUUC